AUGCCAAAGCAAGAAUUGUACCACAUCCGCCCGCUGGGAUGGGAAAAUGAUGAUGAGGACGAAAGAAUCCCGCUCUCUCUCCUUGACUACAUGACGGCGUGCACUUGGAAUAACUAUGUACUAUUCUUCAGGUUGGACGACGCCGAUAAGAGCUACAUGGUGGACGUGCUGAAGAACGGCCUCGAGCGGACUCUCAGCCAGGCAAGACAUCUUUGUGGCACGAUCGAAAAGGACGCACAUGGCUGGCAUUCGUUUUUGAAGCGCAGGCACAGUGCGGUAGACUUUCAUGUCCAAUGGCUUGACGCAGCAGAGGACAGGUUUCCCACUUUCGAUGAGCUCGAAUCACGUAACUUCAGCAGCCAGGCGUUAGGUAACCUCAGACUAUGGAGUGUCCCUGAGAUGAUGCAUGGCAUCAAGCCAGAGGCACAUGUCGAUCGCAAACCAAAGGUCGCAGCCUUCAAGGCCAAUUUCGUUCGCGGUGGGCUGGUUUUCAACAUGCACCACCAUCACUGUGCCAACGAUGUGAUGGGAUGGGCCUCCUUCACCCAUCAGCUAGCAGAGAACUGCUAUGCGAUUGUCAAGAAUGCGACGUUUCCCACUUGGAAUCCUUCCUGCUUGGACCGUUCACGUUUCAUCAGGAAAGAGGUCCCAGAGGAAGCGAAAACUGAUGCCCCUCCGGCCCGUGAGAACCAUCCUGACCUCAGGCCAAUUGACCUGCUUCUUUUCCGUCUGCCUCUGAGCAAAGCGGCCCGUUUGAAGAAAAUGGCUAUGCCUAAAGACGGUUCGUGGAUUUCAACCUAUGAUGCCUUCUCUGCAUUCAUCUGGCGUACCUUCUCGCGUCUCCGUGUACCCGUCUUCAAGCCAGACAUGUCAUCUCCUCUUUCUUGGGGGGAAGCCGUCGAUAUGAGGAGGCGGGUUAACAGCCCUCCAUGCCCACCUCGCACGCAAGGAAAUAUAAUGUCCGGCGUGAUGUCAGCAAUGAGCAAAGGCCCGCUCCGUCAACCGACAACGGCCGAGGUCAUUUCGGACAGCUCGCUCUCCGAGUUGGCUCUAUUUAUCCGCCAGCUCACCAACGGGGUAACCCAAGAAGACCUCGACAAGAGGCUCGAUAUGGUUGCGACCUUCCGCGACAAGACAAAUCUGUUCUUCCGCACUGAUGUCGUCUCGCCAAUGUCAAUCUUCAUGACCGACUGGCGAGCAACCGAUAUUGCCGCCGCUGACUUUGGGUUGGCUAAGCCGGUCGCGUUUCGCCAUCACUCCGAAAUGGUGACUCGUUGCAUAGUUCAGGUCUACCCGCCUCGUGCGGGGACCGACGGCUCAGAAGACAGGUACGACUUUGCUGUCACAUACGAGAAAGACCUUGCAAAGGAUCUGAUUGAGGACCCUGAGUGGAGCGCGUAUUUUGAAUAUAGAGGCCUCGUCUAA